CCCCCGACUGACAAAUUCGGCAACAACAUCGACACAUGUUGCCCGAUGAAAAACAUGGAUCUCUACUGGUCUUUUUAGACCAAAGAUAACAGCAGAUAAGAGGCGCUGACGACUUUGACACCUCUUCACUAGUUGUCCAUAAGUGCAUAAACUCUCCUCAGUAACUUUUAAAUCGAAUUGGAGCAAAAUGGAUCUUACAGGCAAACAUGGACUGGUCCUGCUGCAGCAGUUGAGGAGGAUGAGGGAGUCUGAGCAUCUGACGGAUGUGGUGCUGGUUGCUGAGGGCAUCAGCUUUCCCUGUCACAGAGUUGUACUGUCCGCCUUCAGCCCUUACUUCCGUGUUAUGUUCACGUGUGGCCUUCGUGAGUGCAACAACAGAGAAAUAUUCCUGCGCGACACCCCUGCAGAAAGCCUGGCUCUUCUCUUGAACUACAUGUACUGCUCCGAUCUUCCUCUUACUAACUCCAAUGUUCAAGGCAUCUCAAUUGCAGCUUUUCUCCUGCAGAUGGACGACGUCUUCACACGCUGCCAGCAGCACAUGACCGAGAACAUGGACGCCUCCAACUGCCUUGGUGUCUUUUAUUUUGCCCGGGACCUCGGUGCAGAGGAACUGGCUGACCACGCUCAGCGCUUCUUGAGGCAGAACUUUGUCGAAGUCUGCCAGAAUGAGGAGGUGCUGGAGCUGGAGGCUCAUCAGCUGGGGAAGCUCCUGAGUUCUGAUGACCUUAACGUUUCCAGAGAAGAGACCAUCCUGGAUGUGGUCCUCCGCUGGGUCAAACACAGCACAAUGACAGAUGGAGAGGUUCGUAUUUGGCACCUUCCAGAGCUUCUGAGGAAGGUUCGCUUACCACUGAUAAGCCCCGACUAUCUAAGGGAGGCGAUGAAGAGAAAUACAGCACUGCUGGCUGAAGCUGAAUGUCUACAGAUUGUGAACGAAGCCUUAGAGGCCACAGCGAUGCAUCCCUCAGCUGCACCGCGUAAACUGAAGCUGCGGUACGGCAUGGAGACUACAGACCUGCUGCUCUGUGUCGGCAAUGACAGUGGUGGGAUUCGGUCAAGAUAUGGCAACUAUGCUGAGCGCAGCUUUUGCUAUGCCCCAUCCACCUGCCGAACCUACUACAUCACUUCACCUUGCUAUGGAGAGGCUCUGGGGUAUGUGUGCGCUGGGGUUGUAACUAAAGGAAAUGACAUUAUCGUGGCGGGAGAGGUAGGUGUCCGCAGGAUGGCCCGGCAGAAGGUCAUGAAUGUUGAAAUCUACAGGUACAAAGUCAAAGCCCAAGGAAGCUGGGAGCGCCUAACAUCUGCAGAGUACCGCGAUUCUUAUACCCUGGGGUCCCUGGAUGACACGCUGUACCUGGUGGGUGGGCAGAUGAGGCUGAAGAACCAGUUUCUCAUCACUAACUGUGUGGAGCGAUGGUCUCUGCAGGGCGGACCAUGGCGGAGCGCAGCACCACUGCCUAUGCCUCUGGCCUAUCACAGCAUGGUCAGAAUGAAAGAUCGCCUUUAUGUGAUAGGUGGUCGGACCCCACAGUCAUACCGGACUGAUGAUGAGCCUGACCGUCUUAGUAACCGCCUUCUGGUGUAUGACCCAAACACAAACAAGUGGACAGAACUGUGUCCCAUGAGAUACUCAAAGUACCGCUGCAGUGCUGUGGAACUCAAUGGUGACAUUUUUGUAAUGGGAGGCAUUGGCUGCGAAGGUGUGGACCGUGGCCAAUCACGCCACUGCCUUGAUGCUGUGGAGAUCUACAACGCAGAUGGAGAUUAUUGGAGAGAUGGACCCCCUCUCCCAUGUGCACAACUCUCCCUGCGCACCAAUGCCUGUAAUGCAGGAGUAGUGGGAGGCAAGAUUUAUGUGUGUGGAUACUACAAAGGAGCAGAUCGUCACGAUGACAUAACAAAGGACAUUUUGGAGCUGGACCCACGGGACAACCGGUGGACUGUGGUGGCUCGGCACGCGCUGAUGCACGACAACUAUGAUGUCUGCUUGGUGGCAAAUCUCAACCCAAGGGGACUCAUGUCCCCUUCUGCAGACUUAGUGAAAAUGUGACAUCCCUGUCACAUCAGAUCAAAGUCUGUUUGUUAGAGUUAGUGAAGGAUAUUAAUUAUUAAUGCACUUAUCGCUGGGCCAAAGGCAGAGAGGUAGAAAGAUUCUUAGUGCUCUGCAUGAAAGAGGAAGUUGAUGAUUUGCACGUUUCUGAAUGAAAAUAGAAAGAUAAUUUGUAAAUACUGUUUUCAUCUUUUUUUAUAUUCAGGCCCUUUUCACGGCAGGCUUUUGAGACAGGUUUCAAAUUUAAAAUGAAUUUCAUUGAGCUGCUUCAGUUUCAGUGUCCUGGUAUCCUACAUUAUGACUCACUGUCACACUGUCAUGUUUUACUGGGACAUUUAAACUGGGCGAUUAUUAAUGUUAUCAGACAUCUCUGUUGUGAAAAAGGCCCAUUGUGCAACAUCUGCAGAGAAGACUGAUCAACUGAAACCUGCAGCAGUGAAUUUCAAAGCGGAAAUAUUAUUAGCAACACCAGUAUAUGGUGUCCUUUGCCAUUAAACAGGUUUGAAUUAUGAUUAGACUGAACCUAUUUCCAUACAAAUUAAACCAAAAUGCUAAAUAUCUUUAAACAAAUAUAAUUUAUAUAGUUUUUCCAUAUAUAGGCUGUUAAUCAAUUUGUUGUUUUUUUCUUGAGGUUGUUUUUUAGGUAAGCUUGCCAAAUCAAAAAUCUGUUAAAAAAAC